AUGAGCUGGGACGGGGCUCUGCCUCGCGGCAAAGGCCAAUCCUGGCUUCCCAGACCCGGGGCCCAAAGCUCAAAGCCGGACUCCUUUGGAGGGAAGAGAUCCGAAGGACCGGUCCGGAGGCCUGCGGGCCAGGCCUUCCUGGCAGCGCCCGCGGUCCCUCCGGGCCUGCGCGCCCGCGGCGGUAGGGCACACUCACCGCCAAAGGCCCGCGAGCAGAAGCCGGGAAGAGGCCGCGGUCCCGACCCUCCGCCUGGCAACCUCGCCGCCGCGCCUCCCUCCCAGCCCGCGGUCCAAACGGUCCCGGGCUACAGAGGCGCCGCCCGGGCAGGCCGAGGACGUUGCGCAAGAGGCCGGAAUGGUAGACUAGAGCGGAGUAGAUGAGCCCCUUGCCGAAGAAUCCCUGCGGGGUGUGCACCACAGACCCAUCAUUAAACACCUCCAC